UUGAAAAGGCCCCCCCCCUCCUCCUCUCUCCCUUCUCCUCCUCCUCUCCCUCCCUCUCUCCGUAGCCAAAGUAGCUCACUGGAUGAUCCACCGCAGUGCUUGGGACAGACUGAGAGAAAGAGGGAGUGAGGAGGGAUUUGGAGGAUGGGUCGGAGGGCUUUAGGAUAAACGUGCUGCAGCAAGGAAAGGAAUAGGAGGGAAAGAGAAAGGAAAGGGGGAAUAAAGGAAGAAGGGAGAGCCACCUAAAAUCCAGCGAGCCUCCCUGGCGCGGGGUUUCUUGGCUUCUAUAUCGUGUGCGCACGACUCGCGUGGCACUAUGAGUUCGUGCAGCAGUCGCGCACUGACCAUCCUGUCGACUGUGUUCGGAGCCUGCGGGCUGCUGCUGGUGGGGGUGGCCGUGUCCACAGACUACUGGCUCAUAGUGGUGGAAGGAAUCAUCCUGCAGCAGAACCAAAGCAUGGAGGUCAAGAUGGCGCUGCACUCGGGCCUCUGGAGAGUUUGCUUUGUAGCAGGAUCAGAGAAUGGGAGGUGUGUUGCAUCAGAGUACUUCACUGAACCUGAAAUAGAGAUCACCACUGAAAACACAGCAAACAUCCUGAAGAUGGUUCGAACAGCCACUCCUUUCCCGAUGGUGUCGCUGCUCUUCGUCUUCACAGCUUUCGUCAUCAGCAACAUUGGGCACAUCCGGCCGCAGCGCACCAUUCUGGCCUUUGUGUCUGGCAUUUUCUUCAUCCUCUCAGGCCUCAGUCUGGUGGUGGGUCUGGUGCUCUACAUCUCCAGCAUUAAUGACGAGGUGAUGAACCGGCCCAGAGAGCCCGAGCAGUUCUUCAAUUACCACUACGGCUGGUCUUUUGCCUUCGCUGCCUCUUCCUUCUUACUCAAAGAGGGCGCCGGCGUGCUGUCAGUAUACCUUUUCAUGAAGCGCUACGCUGAAGAAGAGAUGUACCGUCCCCACCCUGCAAUCUACCGUCCACGUCUGUCUGAGAGUAGCGACUAUAGUGGCCAGUACCUCCACCCAGAGUCAUCUUGGCCCCCACCAAAGAGAGGCCGCAGCACCUCGGAGGCCUCCAGCGACAUCUCUAUCCAGCUCAACCAAACAUUGCCAAAGCAGCCAAAAAGCACCCUCCAGGCAGGCGCUCGGGUCAGCCCACCCUCUGCGUCUUCCUCUCCAGGGAGCUACCAGAUGCACCCGCAAUCUGCCGGCUACCCCUCCACACAAACCCUGCCCAGGUCACUGUCCUCGCACCCCCAGGGCCAAGCUCUUCCAAUGACCAUGCCCCCUUCGCCCAUACCUCCCCCUCAUUAUCACACGCACAUGCGUAUGAGCGCCUCCCCCUGUUAAGCAGCAAAAGCUUUAAAGAAAAGUGACUCUUCAUCAUCAUUUGUUCCUCACUUAGAGUUGGAAAAGCACUGAUCUUUGGAUCACACAUUAUGCUGAAGUGGGGAAAGAGGGAGUCACACAUCGACAAAACGUAGCUGUGGAACAUGUUUUAACGAGAACCAAGCGGAAAAGAAAAUGUUUCACAAACUUAAAGAUUUCUCACGCAAACUGUGGUGGAAUAAAACCAAAUGGGAGGUGUGGGGUGAAAAAAACAUUUGCGCCGUGGUGCAGAAUGAGAGAGAAGUUUUUCCUAGAAAGACAUUAGAGGCUGGAAUGAGUGACAGAGGAGAAACAGCAGCGAGCGCAAGAGGCUGCAGUAGAACACCAACAUACUGCAGUGCAGCUGAAAUUUGUAUGCACUUGUAAAUGUAUAAUUCAAAGAUGUUGAAAAUGUGAGACUGCACAUACUAUAUUUUCCUCAGACAUAAUUCAUGCUGGUUCAUGGACCCUGUAUGUUUUUAACAAAUAAUAUGAAAAAAAUUAUUUUUGUUUUCUUUAAAGUUAUGAUAAAUCUAUAUAGGCUCUUAAUGAUAAACAUCCUACUAAAAAAAUAUUAUUAUUUCUAUAAAUCACCAUCAGCUCCAUUAUUAAUUGACACUGUGCAGUCUACGAAUGUUGCUCUUUUUUGUAGAAAGUGAAGAUAUGGAAGAACGUUAAGGUUAUUUUCUACCUUUAAAACACCACUUUUAGACUUCUUGUACAUACCUUCACAUGAACUCUUGCAUUCACUGGAAUACAGUUGUGAAUUUUGAAUGAAACUUCGGCACAAAUCAACAUAAUAUCUGACUCAGUAAGAGUCAACAAGAAGGGCGCACUGCACCCUCUGGAUACGCAGGUUUUUAACGAGGAACAAACGCAUUAUUGCAAUGGGGAUCUGGCGCCCUCUACUGGCCACUACCCUGCAUUGACUCUUUACCUGCUGUUGGCCUGGCUGGAUGUUUAUCAAGCACGCUUCCUUCUUCUGUGACCUGCACUGUGUUCCAGACCUGACAGAGCAGAGGAUAUUGCAAAGACUGUUCUCUAUUCAGAUUUAUAUUUAUUAAAAAGAUAAGGAAUGUCAGACACAGUAAAUCCCACGAAAGGAAAAGACUGUUCAGGAAAAUUCUUAAGCAACCUAAUGCUAAAAAAAUAAAAAUACUUAAAUAUCUUUUUUUUUUCAUAUACUGCAUAAAAAGGCUUCUGUUACACAAAUGUGCAUUUUUUUUCCUCAAUUAUGGUCUGCUUUUUUUGUGAUUUAACUUGUAUUAAUACAAUGUGAUGUUACAAUGCAGUCUGAGCAGCACAAUACAAGUUCACUGACUUAUCCUCAACGACCAGUAUGAAAAAUCCGAAACUAAAAUACCAAACACAGAAAUUUUUCAUUGAACACAGCAUUUUUAGCAAUCAAGGCUUUACGUUUAUGCUAUAUUGUACUUUUAAAACAGUUUGCAUUGUGGAUCAGUUCAAAAAAAAGUUUCCUUCAGUAAGUAAAUAGCUUAAUAUUUUCUCAGGUAAAUUGGAUUCACAAAUAAAAUGACUUGUUUGGGGCAUAGUCUGCCACAUGGAUUAUUCCUACUGGAUGUAUUAAAAUAUGUAUUGUGAUACUCUAGUAGCUUAAAACUUAAGUGGAAUAGCUGUUUGAUACCACAUGUUAUCAUGAAAUACACAGCAAGACUCAACGCAUAUGCACACCAAUGUUUUAUUUUGAAGGUGAUGGAAGUAUUGUAUGUGUAAUGGACAUUUUUCAGGGAAGUGUCAAAACAUUAACCUCUGAAGGAAGUUAACCUGCUGACCCUCUCCAAGUGGGGGAGGGCGGGGUACAGGAACACUGUGUGUGUGGAUGGAAAAUUGACUAUUUCUCCUAUAUCACAAAGUUUUUGAAAGCGAGUCUGCAGCUUUUCAUUUAAUUUGAAGCCUAAUGUUUCUGCAUCCUGCUGAUGACUAUGCUGUUAGUUUGGGAGUCAUGUGCCUUGCUCAUGGCCACUUUGACUACAGCUGCUGCUGAAGGUGUUCAAAAUAAGUAGUUUAAAUUAGGCUUUGUUAACCUUUAGAUUGCUUGAAAUGUGGUCAACAUAGAUGCAUCUUCUCCUGGAGAAAUAUAAUCUCCCUCUGUGCUUUUAUGCAGUUCUUCAAAAGGGUGUGGCUGUGCUUGUUUUUGCAGAAAGCCUCGUUUUCCUUUUUUUCAAUGAAGACUUUUUUGUUAAUCGCAAAAAAGGUCAACUAAGUGCUUUGAAAUGUUUUGGUUAGACUGCUGCUGGAGUAAUAGUUGAAAUUGUAAUGAGGUUUUAACAUCUGUAACUCACUUUAUAUUAAUAAAACUUUAAAUGUGA